AUGGGGGUCACACCUGCCACCGUGCCUGCCGUGAGGAGGCCCAGCCGGCCUGACAAGAAGCCGCGCGGGAAGGACCUGGCCUGGCUGCCCCACAGCCCACGACACAGGCCUCCCUGUCCUGUGCGACAUCAGCACCUGCGCCCUCGGGACCGAGGCGGCCAGACCUCCCCAAGCUCCGGACUCCCCGAAACCUCCAGCUCCGCUCUUCACCUGUCAUACAGGGAGCCCCUCCUGUCCCUGCAGGAGCUGCCUACCUCUCACCACCGAGCCCUGGGCUCUUUCCUGUCUUGUCACCUGGCCUCCUUGGGUGCUUUUCCUGGGUCCCCUGUGCUGCGGUCCUGUAGCCCAGGGCUCUGUCCUUGUGUGUUCUGGUCAGCCGGGGCAGGCGCUUACCAUAGCAACAGUCGCUGUUUUCUCAAGAGGUGGGAUAAUGCGGCUCAGGGUCCCCGCACAGUGGCCAUCAGCAGGUGGCUGUGCCUGGACCCUACCAAAGUGUGGUUGUUCUCGCUCCUGGCCCGGAAGUCACCCCUGGGUUCCCAUUGCUGUCUGAAAGGCGACUCCCUGGGCACCUGGGGAUUGUUGAGCCCCUGGUGCGGCCACAUAGGUCCCUGCGCCAGAGCAGAAGCUGUAGAGGCUCAACACUGCCCAGUUCCAUUCCUAGAGACGCCACAGAAGCUACCCUGGCUGGAGGUGAGGGACGCAGACUUCACCCACGAAUGGAAGGCUGCUGAAUGCUGGGGAGGCUCCGGGGUGCUCUGGUGUCUGUGGCCACCAUGCCAGGCUGGCUCCAGGUCACGUCCACUCCCCUUCCAGCCAUGUGGCAAGUCUGGCUUGGAGCACUGGCCUCAGCUGACCUGGCCACGGCUGUAUCCAGCGGGUGACCACCCCAGGGUUCUGUCCCCGCAGGCCUCCCAGGUACCUGAUUGUUCUCACAGGGGCUGGCUUCAGGGGUGGGGAGAGGCUCAGCUCCACCAGCUCCUGAGUGGACCGCUCAGCUCUGGCAGGAGAGAUAGCUUAGCUGUCUCCGCCAGGGAGUGGGACCCAGGCUGUGGCCCCAUUGCCUCUGUGGCCCGUGAGGCCUGGGCUUCCUGAGGCUGGGUGGGCACAAGCUCAGUGACCGCCCAACAGUAUACUACGUAGGGGUCACACCAGGCUGUCAGGACUGGAGGUUGGCCUGAGAAUUCUGGAUUUUUUGGGGAGGCCCAGAAAGAAGGGUGUCGGGAGACCUGGAGCAGCAGGUGGCGGUGGAACGGCCUCUCCCUUCAGGAAGCUGCCAUGGGACUCGAAGUGGCCUUAACCAAGUGGCCUCUGUUGGUGCCUCUGACCCACCCGUCACUCCUGCUGGGCCACCGCCCGGUCCCUGCCCUGGGACCUGGGCCUAUGGGUCCUCCGUGUCCACCCUGCCCUCUACUGAGCACAGCCCUGCAGUGCUGUCUUUGAAGACCUUGCCAGACCUGCCACGUCUGGUCCAGCCUGACCAUCUUGCAGACGCCUAAGGCCAAGGUCUGGUGCUCCCAGCACAGCUGCUCCUCCUGUGCGUCGUCUUUGGUGUCCCAUGUCCCACCUGAAAGGCAGUCCUGAACUGUGGCUCAGGGCUUGGACUUCAAUUCCAACUCUGCUCCUAACCAGCACUGUGACCUGGGGUCUUGUGUGCCUCAAUUUCUUUGUCUGUAAGGUGGAAAAUGUGGAGUAUCAGAAUUACGUCAGGAGUCAGAAAAGUACGACUUGGAGCAAGCAUGUGACACACUGCCUGUUGCCAGGCUUCUGCCUGUUAUCAGUAGACUCUUUCCAUCCUCGUGCUUCCUAGUUUCCCAGUAAAGUUCUUUCUUAACAAACAUAACCCUCUGGAAGAGCUUAACCCUGCACCUCCCUGACUGCUGGCUGCAGGUGGGACAGCUCUCUGCACUGGUGUCAUGGUGAUGGUCUGGAAUCAGUGAACUGUGCCAGAAGAACCUCAAGUUCCCUGGGUUUGCAAGAUUUAUUAACUUGGGGCUCACAGCAGGUGACCAACCAGGUCCCAGAGACCCUCCUUCCGAGCAGCACAGGUCCCCACUGGCUUUUCAACACUGAC